CUUCGUCUGUCGACGUUAUUGAGUAGAAUUUAUUUCGAGUUGGAGUCUCUCCUCCAAGAGUGAUUGCGCCAUGCGGCUACACUAUUCGGGGGUGGCUGGAUUCUUGGCCCUGGCCACGAUGGCUGUGGGCGACUCGGUCGAUUACUCGCAAUAUGUCAAUUGUUUGAUGGGAUCCGAAGGUCCUAUCCCAGGGAAAGGAUAUGGAGGAGGCGAUAUCUUCGUGGGUGGUACUCGGCCGUUUGGAAUGGUGAAGGCGGGGAUCGACACAACAGCUGCGAAUUGGACUCUGGCUGUGUUGAACGGUGGAUGGACGCCUGAUGGAAAUGUGACUGGAGUCAGUAUGAUGCACGAGAGUGGAACGGGGGGAGAGCCCAAAUAUGGACUCAUAUCGCAGAUGCCACUGACCUCUGUUGCAUUGCCAGUCAAUAUCCUUGAUAACAACACUUAUAGCCAGCCAAGACUCGGCAAUGAUACGGCUGAGGUGGGAUACUUCAAGACCCAGCUGCAAAAUGGAGUGACGAUUGAGAUUUCUGCGUCUCGCCAUGCGGGAAUCAUGGAUUAUUCAUUCCCAGAAGGAGAGAGGCAUGUGCUCGUGGAUGUCUCUCAUUUCCUCCCAGGGUCUCCUGGUGACUAUAACGGCCAGUUCUACAUCGGUGGAGAAAUCGCCAUUGAGGAUGAUGGGAAGGCGUAUUCAGGGUAUGGGACAUACGUCGGAGGGUGGAACAAUGGAGCGCCAUUCACAAUCUACUUCUACGGAGAAUUUUCAAUUGCUUCGAAAAGCUCAAGGGUCUUUUCAGGUACCAACACCGAUCCUAUGCCACGAUACCACAACCUGGCGAAUGGACCCAUCCCUGAGCCGGUAUAUGGGAACACAUCCCAUACAAUCACAUCGGGUCCGAUGAACCGUCGUGUAGGGGCAUUGUUUAGCUGGGGAGAUGGCCCAGCUGAAAAGAUCACCUCUCGUCUGGGUAUCUCCUUCAUCUCCGUGGAGAAAGCCCGGUCUUACAUCGACAGCGAGAUUUCAUCGUGGAACUUGACCGAUACCGUGGACGCCGCUGUUCGUGAAUGGAACGAAGACGUGUUCAGCAAGAUCCAUGUGCCUCUAGAUAGCUCUGCCAAUAUGACAAACGUCCGAUUGUUGUACAGCUCGCUGUACUUCAUCCAUCUGAUGCCGUCGGAUCGGACAGGCGAGAACCCGCUUUGGCAAUCGGACGAACCGUACUGGGAUGACUUCUACACUAUGUGGGACAUUUCCCGGUGUACAACUAGUCUCUACCUCAUCCUCCAGACCAGCUACUUUGAGUCGAUGAUCCGGGGGUUGAUUGACAUCUGGAGGCACGAAGGUUUCCUCCCCGAUGGCAGAUCUGGGAACUGGAACGGUCUCGUCCAAGGCGGUUCGGAUGCAGACAACGUCUUCGCAGACGCGUAUAUAAAGGGACUGCGCGGGGCUAUCAACUGGACCGACGGUUAUGCUGCCAUGAAAACCAACGCGGAGGUAAUACCAUACAACACGUACGACCCCAAAGACCUGUCGGCCAGCACAAAGGAAGGGCGUGGUGCACUGGGCGACUGGCUAGAGCUCGGCUACGUGUCGCAGGAUCGCAACACGCGCUGUAUCUCCCGAACGGUAGAGUACAGUCUGAACGACUUUGCGCUGAGCCAAGUCGCCGCCGGCGAGAUGCCAGGCGAUCAGCAAAAAUACCUCAACAGAUCUGCUGGAUGGCAGCGUAUCUGGAACCCAGAGGUGACGAGUCUGAACUAUACCGGGUUCCUGGCGCCCAGGUUCUCGAACGGAAUCUUCAACAACAGCGGCUAUGAUCCCUUGUACUGCUACAGCUGUGAGAUGCAGGCAUACACAUAUGAGGCCGUUCCCUGGGAAUACUCCUUCGUCAUCCCGCACGAUGUCGAGACACUGAUCGAACUGAUGGGUGGAUUAGAGACGUUCGAAUCCCGACUUGACAAGAUGUUUGAGCCAGGAGUUGCCGUCCAGGAUCUUGGGGACAACGGUGCUGGAAUUACCACAUUGAUGAAUAUUGGGAACGAACCUGAUUUCGCUACGCCGUAUCUAUACAACUACAUCAACAAACAAGCGAAGAGCGUCGAGCAGUCCCGGACUCUCGCCAAUGAAUACUUUAAAGAUGCUCCCUACGGUAUUCCCGGCAACAGCGACGCCGGGGCAAUGAAUUCCUGGCUCGUCUGGCAGCUGUUAGGCAUGUACCCCGUUGCCACGCAGCCGGUAUACCUUCUCGCCUCACCGUGGUUCCCAGACGUGAACGUUACAGUCAACGGCAGCGCGACGGUGCGGAUCACGGCGACGGGGCUGGAAGAGGGGUAUUACGUGCAGGGUGUGAAGAUCAACGGACAGAACUGGACGAAGAACUGGUUCGAGCACAAUGAUGUCAUGGCGGAGGGCGGGACUAUCGAGUUUACCCUCGGCGCGGAGAUGACAGACUGGGAGACUGGAGAUGUGCCGCCGUCCCCGGGACAUGUGGUUUUGAAUGUCGACCUGACAUGAUAUCCGGUUGAUAUCCAGCAACUAGUAGUUGUCACCAAGACACGGCUAGGAUGGAUUAUUUAUAAGGACCAACAGAGAUUGUUGAAUUUGUAACUUGCAUGUCUUCAUAAGAGCUAGCUAUAUAUAAAACAGAAACCCAUCCACGACCGUCGUAAAGAACAUCCCAUCAUUUGUAAGUGUACACAUCAAGUAAAUACAGGUGGUUAUAAAAUAGUUUGAUAUCUUGUUGGAUCAACAAGUCCAGAUAAAACAUCGUCCAGCGGUGCGUGCACCAGCUUUGUAGCAACGAGUGUCGACUUGCUUAUUUUCCGUGAUGGUGAUGAUGGAGGAGGUUCGAGAGAAG